AUGCCACAUCGGGCGUCGGCCUCUGCCGCGGUAUUCCUGCUGGUAGACAUCCCAGGGUCGUCGUGGCUCCCGCUCGCUGCGGUGCUGGUCUUCGUGUUCUCGUACGGCCUUGGACUCGGGCCCAUUCCCUGGGCUCUCCUGGGCGAGCUCAUUCCCACUCCUGUGAGAUCGAUUGGAAGCUCAGUGUGCAUCAUGAACUUUUCUAUUUUCACCUUUGUAACUAGCUUCAUCUUCUCAUACUUGCUGGAAAUUGGUCUUGGCUUUGCGUUUGUGUUCUUUGCUUCUGCUCAUGCCCUCCUGACAGUGUUGUUCUGUGCCUUCUUGCCUGAAACUCGUGGCCGGUCUUUGAGAGAUCUUGAAGAUUUAUUUAAAUCCACUUCGGGGAAGUAA